AUGAACUUUAUGCAAAUUCGUCGAAUUUCAACUCUGCUUGAUUCUGCCAUCAAAAACCCUAAUUCCUCUCUACUUGGCAGACGUAAAUGGAUCCCUAUUCCAAUACCCCACAGAACUAUCCACGAACCCAGAGGUCAAGAUCUUGAUUAUAUUAACGUAGCUCACAGUCAUCUUCUUCAUUCUGAUUGGGCUAAGCUAGAUGAACUGUUGACUAAUUUUGACUCGUUUAGAGUGAAGCACGUUUUGUUGAAGCUUCAGAACGAUUACGCCAUUUCCCUCAAAUUCUUCAAAUGGGUUGAAACUCAUAACCCUAAUCUACUCACCCUCGAAACCAAUUGCAUCAUCCUGCAUAUCCUCACCAAGAACCACAAAUUUGUGUCCGCGGAAUCUGUUUUGGAGAAGAUUGUCGGUUCCUGUGAUGUGGAAAUGCAUUCUAAGCUCUUUGAUGCUAUUCUUCACUCUUACAGGAUGUGUGACUCAACUCCCCGUGUUUUCGAUGCACUUUUCAAAUUGUAUGCACAAAUGAAGCAGUUUAGGAAUGCAACAGAUACAUUUUGCCGGAUGAAGGAAUACGGAUUUCUGCCCACCAUCCAAUCAUGUAAUUUGUAUAUGAGCUCAUUGCUUAGUUUGAAUCGAGCAGGUAUUGCGUUAUCAUUUUACAAGGAAAUAAGGCGAUCCAAGAUCACAGUCAAUGUGUUCACCCUCAAUAUUGUGAUCAAUGCCUUUUGCCAAUUGGGGGAACUAGAGAAUGCUGUUAAGGUGUUUGAUGAAAUGCAAGAUAUGGGGUUUAAUGGUUCUGUUUCGUCUUAUAACACAUUGAUUGCCGGAUACGUUCACCAGAGCCUUCUGACGACUGGAAUUAAGCUAAAAGUGACAAUGGAGAAGAACGGAGUGAGGCCUAAUGCCAUCACUUAUAACACAUUAAUUCAUGGAUUUUGUAAGGAAGGGAGGCUACACGAUGCAUAUAAGUUGUUCAACGAAAUGAAAAGCAUGGACGUGGCUCCUAACACCAUAACGUAUAACAUAUUGAUCAGUGGGUACUGCCAAGCAGGUAAAACUGAGAAGGGGAAUGAGGUUUUUGAGGAGAUGUUGAGGAAUGGGAUCAAAGCCGAUAUCUUGACUUAUAAUGCAUUGUUACUGGGACUGUGCAAUGAAGGCAAGACCAGGAAAGCUGCUUAUUUGGUUAAAGAACUUGAUAAAAAGAAGUUGGUCCCAAAUUCUUCGACUUUUGCUGCACUUAUUAGAGGACAAUGUGCACGAAAGAAUCCAGAUCGUGCCUUGAAGUUGUACAAAAGUAUGUUAAAGAGUGGUUGUCGUCCAAAUGAACAUACAUUAAAGAUGUUGAUGUUGUGUUUCUUGCAGAAUGACGAUUAUGGUGGUGUGUUUGAUGUCUUGAAAGAGAUGUUAGAGAGGCCUGUUGGUCCUGACUUGGCUGUUUUAAGGAAGUUGUGUAAAGGGCUUUCACAGGCUUGGAAAGACAGAUUAAUUAUGAACUUGUCCAACGAGGUAGAUGACGGGCGUCUUGGCCAUGGACGUUAUGAGAAAGUUAAAAGCAUCAUCACUCAAUCUAAUGCCGAGGGUAAAGAACUUGAACAAAAUGCAUAACUUGCAGACUUGUUUACUUGAUAAUAAUCAAUCUGAAGCAAAUAUAUCAGGUACUUCUAAGCUGCCAACCUAAAGCUACUUCACAAUAGUAGAUUGGUAUCCUAAAAGCAACUUAAACACUAGGAUUUGCAUGUUCCUUGUUACCUAUGAUAUUCUUGUAUGACAAUAGAAACCUUUAAUGCCUAUCAAAUGCUGUUUUGGGCUGUGGGAUAAAGGAAAUUGUGUUCCCUUUGUGUGUGCCUGUUUGGAGUAAAACUAUAUGAAUGGUGAUCUACCAUUAAUGGAAAAUGAGCUUAUAGGUGAAGACAUACUCCCAUAAAGGUAGGUAUUAUGGGCGUACUUUUCUCUCUUAUUCCAAAUUGUAGCUGUAAGGUCUACGUAGGUAUAACUCGAGUAUAUUGAUGCCAUUCAAAAGACUAAUGUAUAUGAUUUUUAUUUCUGAUAUUAAUGGAGAAGAGCAAGAGCAAUGGAUUAUGGUUCAUAUCCUCCUUUGAAGUUAUAGUCUUCAAUUGCUUCAGGGCUUCUCUACCUUUUAUAGGUUAGGCCAUGCAGAAGUUACAUUGUUGAUAGUUGAUGUUUCUGGCUCUGUUCUUGCCAAAUCAAAAAUCUGCACACACUUGUUUAAGAGGGGCUUAUACUUUUUUUUGAAGUAUAUAAUAUUUAUAUACGGCAAAUGCAACAAAUAAACUCACACACGCUUCUCACCUAUGGUGAGGU